GUGAAACAACAAUAACAGCCAUUAAGUCUUACAAUUGUGUUGCAGCUGGAUUUGAAAAUCAGCAUUUCUGUUUGAAAGCCUAAUUUUCCAGUGUGCACUUGCUUAUGUGCUGCGUUGUUUUGUUUUUUCCAGUACAUAAUAGCAAAUGGUUUACAAUGUAUGUGAAACUGCAAGAACCACAUCUGGAAACAUUGCAUCACUGAGAAGGUCCCGGAUUGAGAGGAAGCAGAAGUUUCACAAAGUCGCUGUGAAGUAGCUGCACUUUGAGUAAAAUGCCGCUUUUGCAAAAUCUGUAGGGAAAUUAUGUUCAACUGUCAGUGAUGUAAGAAAACAGACAAAAAACGAAACACAGACCGAUUACAGGAAGCUCAUGCUAAACUGAAGGAACUGAAGGAACUGAUGCUUUGAGAAAGCUACCGAGAGCACAUAAGCAGGAGUAAGAAGCACAAGAAGGAAAAUUAAAAAGAGAAGAUGCCCGCUCCACCACCUCCACCCCCUCCCCCACCUGCCGCCCCCCCACCUCCCACAUUCUCACAGGCCAGUACACAGAAACCUGCUCUGAACAAAUCACAACAGCAUGGAAGAAAUGCUCUUUUGACAGAUAUUUCAAAAGGAACAAAGUUGAAGAAAGCUGUAACAAAUGACAGAAGUAGCCCAUUGAUUGAUAAGCCCAAAGGGUCAGGCGGUGGAGGAGGUGGAGGUGGAGGUGGAGGAGGUGGAGGUGGUGGUGGAGGAGGUGGAGGAGGUGGAGGAGGAGGAGGAGGAGGAGGUGGAUUAGGUGGACUUUUCCAGGGAGGGAUGCCAAAGCUGAGAUCUGCAGGGAGCAGAGAAAAUUCUGGAGGGAGCAGAGCUCCAAUACUGCCCCCUGGAGGACGACCAACAAGUGGUAACUCUGCCCCCCCACCCAGAUUUUCUGGAACACCUCCUGUCCCGAGAAGCAGUGCUCCAGACUUUCCUAGAGCCAGGAUGACACCCCCCAGGCCAGAGAGUGGAGGGGGGGCCCCUCCUGUGCCCAACACGCCACGCCCCACACCAUCCGGUAUGCAGAACAGAGGCCCUCCACCGGUGCCAGGAGGAGGCAGGCCGUUCAACCCCAGCCCUGCUCCGUCUCCACCCUCCUUCGGUGGCAGGAAUCAGGGCCCACCAUUACCAGGAAGCUCCCCCUUCACUCGUCAGCCUUCCCAUUCCGGCCCUCCAGUCCCCAGCUCGGGUCGGCCUCCACUCCCUCCUGCACCAGGCAGGCCCAUGGAGGACAGGCCCCCACCCCUUCCCACAGGAGGCAGAUCCUCCCUGCAGAGAGACGGGCCCCCAAACCUUCCCUCUCAGAACAAUAAGCCUCCAGUUCCCGCUGUGCCUCGGCCUUCAGUCGCUAGCGGGGCUCCUCCUCCUCCUCCCCCAAGCAGACCAGGUCCGCCUGCCUUCCCUCCCACCCCCCGUGGUGAUGAAGAAACUCCCCGGCUCCCCCAAAGGAAUUUGUCUCUGAACUCUCAUGCUCCAGCUCCUCCACCACCGAUGUCUGGCCGAUCCGGCCCCCUUCCCCCCCCUCCCAAUGAGAGACCACCACCCCCCUUCAGAGAACCUCCUGGCCGAUCAGGGCCCCUCCCCCCUCCACCUCCCAUUGGUAGGAACGGAGGCAGCGUGAGGUCAUCCCCUCCACCACCUCCACCCAACCGGCCUGGAGCCGAGCCCCACAGGGGCGGGGGGAGACCCCCACUCCCUCCUGACAGACCUGGCAGUGGAGCUCCACUUCCGCCUCCGCCACCAAUGAGAAACGGCUUCCAAGACUCUCCCCACAUGGCAUGCGAAGAUGAGUGGGAAGGUAGAUUCUCUUUCCAUCCUAUUUCAGAGUUGCCACCACCUGACCCAUAUAUACCAACUCAGAAGGUCUACCCCAGCAAACUGGGAAGAAAUGAAAGCAGAGGCUCAGUAGGAAGAGAAAGAGGUGCUCCACCACUCCCCCCUAUUCCAAGGUGAUCUGGUUGUCUGCACAGGAUUACCACUCCUUCCAUGGGGUUGUGUUCAUGGUCAUUUCUCUUGUGCUUUUUUUCUGUUGGCUUUGUUCAGUGUCUAAUAAGUCUUGUAGCAUAAGGGCUUCAGUGAAGUUAACUAGUGAUGUCUUUUGCUAAUAAAGGUGCCUUACAAAACAACUAACUGUGUUUACAAAACUAUAGAAGUACAGACAUGUUUCUGAAUAUGUGUUUUGUAAAUAAUACAUUUGACAUGCAUUACUACAAGCCAUUUGAAUUAGCAAUGCUAGUUGUCUAUUGGGUCCAAAUAGCAAACAUAAGGACCAAUUUUUAAUUCAUAUUUGUAUUUUUUUUUUUAAAUUGCUCAGGACUGCUGUAGCAAACAAAAUAAAAACAAUAGUAAGGUUUUAAAAAACUCAAUAUCUGUAUGUAUUCUUAUCAAAGCACAGACUGAUGAAGUUGUUUGUGUUUCUUACAUUAAGUAAACUCUGCAAAAAAAAAAUGCAAUUAGAUUGUUAUCUUACAGAUCCCACAUUUUAUUUUUAUGGGUUUUAUAUGAAAAAAAAAAAAGAAUAUUCUGGAAAAAUAUUCUGGAAAAUAAUAAAUUGUAUUGGGUUAUAUAUCUGGGGUUAGUCAUUAGCAUCAUUUGUUGUAAAGAGUAUUUUUAGCCUUAAAAGAAUAAUGGUUUAUAUUGGUGUUGUGCUCACAGUGUUAAAGUGCUUUAACUAUGCAAAUCUACAUGCUUUUUUCUAUACAUUCUUCUUGAAAAUGCCUUACUUCAGAGGAAAGAUUGUAUUGUUUUUGGAAGCAAAAAAAAUUAGUUUUAACUGUCUGAACUGUAAACGAAAUGCUUGUGCAAUUGCUAUUUUUUAACAUUAGUCCAUGUCUAUAAUUGAUUGACAAGUAGUUUAAGCAUUAGGGAGUUUUGUGAAAUAUGACUAUAUUCAUAAAACUUGAAGGACUGUUUUAAGAAAUGUUUUAUUGAGUGUUUACAAACAAUAAGAAUUACUUUAAAUUUUCUCUAGAACGGCUGAAAAAAGGUUUAAUGAACUGUAAGCUUGAUUUAAAAAAAAUGAAGACAAAUGUUGUCCAAAGCCAUGUGAUGUUAUUGACAGAGAUUGUUUUGUAGAAUGUAGGUUUUAUUGUAUUGAGGAUGAAAGCCAUAGUGACUUCUGGUUUAGAACUGUUUUAAAGAUGGAGUCAGUUUAUUAAAAUAGAAAGAAAGAUCACAUGUCUUUUGUGUACAGUACUUAGUAUUGAGCAUGCAUUGGACCAAAAAUAGUUCAUCAGGGGCAGAUCAACAGUUAACACUCCUGCAAUUUACAUAAUUAAAAUAGGACCUUUUUUGGACUAAUAUCAUGGAAACCAGCAUCUCUGACAAUGGAAGUGAUUUUUUAAAAUGCUUUUUUUUUUCUUUAAACCUAUGCAAAAUGUUUUCCAAAUUUUAAAUAAAGAGUUUUUAAAAAGUGUGUAAAAAAACUAAUAGGAAGAGAUUUGUGAUCUGCUACAGUUUUGAGUUUGUUAGUUUGUGGCAUUUGUAUGUGUUUGUGAGUUGAAAGAAUGUUUUGAAUAAAAUAAUAAUAAUCAUAAUAGUAAA